AACUACAAACCACUGUGGCACAGUAUAUAUUGUAACGUUCAGUUUACAGAUUUUUUUAAAUAUAAACUUUUCAUUUGCUAAUUUCGAAAAUUUAUUAAUUUGAUCAUUGUAAUGGACACUGAUCACAUACAACGAUUAAAAGCUUCAAUACACUUUACUGUGGGUAAAAUGUGUGAAGAGCAGGAAAUCAAAACUCAAAUUAGUUUUGACAAAAAUGUGAUUGCAACUAUAAGUGAAAUCCUUUGGCAGAAGAUCAAACUAAUAUCACAGGAUUUGGAAGCUUUUGCUAAGCAUGGAAAGCGUACAACCAUCAAUCUGGAUGAUGUCAAGCUGCUUGUACGAAGGAAUGAAGAUUUAAAAGCCAUACUAGCAACACUAGGAUCACCAAACUUGGAAGAAAAUGCAAAAACAGACAAAGGGAAAGCCUUGGUGAAAAAAAAGAAAACUGACAUUCCACCAGAAGUCCAUCUUGACAUAGAUGAUGACAUGUUUGUGUGAGCAGAAUAUUAUCUCAGUUGUAUUUUUCUAUGUCAGGGAAGACAGUCGUUUUUGUGCGUUCGUGAAGAUUGCGUGGUAUGCACAACAUCAAAAUUCAUAAAAUAAACGGUUCUAACUCGCUACAAAUAGAAACACUAGCACAUUAAAAAGAGGCGUAAAAUUUUCAACCGAUUACUUUUUUAUGGCAACCAUUAAGGGGUCGAAUGUCGUUAAUUCUGUCCUGUCGCCAGGUAUUUGUUUCUUUCAUCAUUUAAUACAGAGUAACAGUGUCGGAAAUCUGUUAAA